AUGCUAAAAAUUAUUUUUCCUUCACUCAUACUUCUACCCCUAACUUGACUCUCUAGCAACAAAAAAGUUUGAAUUAAUGUCACAACCUACAGCCUCCUUAUUAAUCUAAUUUCUAUUAGUCUCCUGUGGCAAAAUAACGAAAGUAGCCUAAACUUCUCCACUACAUUCUCCGCAGACCCCUUAUCCGCUCCUCUCCUGGUCUUAACAACCUGACUUCUCCCACUCAUACUCCUAGCUAGCCAAAAUCACAUUAAAAAAGAACAUGAACACAACAAAAAACUAUACAUCUCCCUACUAGUAACCUUACAAAUUCUACUUAUCAUAACAUUCUCUGCAAAUGAACUUAUUAUAUUUUAUGUUCUAUUCGAAGCCACUCUUAUUCCCACCCUAAUCAUCAUCACACGAUGGGGAAACCAAACAGAACGACUGAACGCUGGAAUUUAUUUCCUAUUCUACACCCUCAUCGGAUCAAUUCCACUACUAAUUGCCCUCAUCUUUAUCCAAAACUCAACAGGAACAUUAAACUUCAUCCUUAUAUCGCUAAACUACACACCUAUAAACCAUACAUGAGCCAACAACAUCCUAUGACUAGCAUGCAUAAUAGCCUUCAUAAUCAAAAUACCACUAUAUGGAGUCCACUUAUGACUACCAAAAGCCCAUGUAGAAGCCCCAAUCGCCGGAUCCAUGAUUCUGGCCGCCAUUUUAUUAAAACUCGGAGGGUAUGGAAUAAUACGUAUCUCCAUAAUUUUAGACCCGAUAACUAAAUCAAUAGCAUAUCCAUUCAUUCUUUUAUCACUGUGGGGCAUAAUUAUAACCAGCUCUAUCUGCCUACGACAGACAGACCUAAAAUCACUCAUCGCUUACUCCUCAGUCAGCCACAUGGCCCUAGUUAUCGCAGCUAUCAUAAUCCAAACACCAUGAAGCUUCAUAGGAGCUACAGCACUCAUAAUUGCCCACGGACUUACGUCCUCUCUACUAUUCUGCCUAGCCAACACCAACUAUGAACGUAUCCACAGCCGAACAAUAAUUAUAGCCCGAGGCCUACAAAUAGUAUUCCCUUUAAUGGCCACCUGAUGAAUUAUAGCAAGCCUAGCUAAUCUUGCUCUGCCACCAACAAUCAACCUAAUCGGAGAACUAAUAAUUACAGUCUCCCUAUUCUCUUGAUCCAAUCCAUCAAUUAUCCUCCUAGGAACCAAUAUCCUAAUUACAUCACUAUACUCAAUCUAUAUAAUUGUGACAACGCAACGAGGUAAACUAGUAAGUCAUAUAAACAACCUUCAACCCUCACACACACGAGAAUCAACACUUAUAGCCCUCCAUAUCCUCCCCCUAAUCCUACUAACUAUCAACCCCAAACUAAUCUUAGGGUUUACAACAU